AUGACUAUGAUUAACGCAACCAACAUGGUGAUUUCAUGCAAUAAUUGAUCAACUGCAGGGUUUAAAGUUUUCACUCAUCCACUAGCCAAACUCCCCAUGCUGUAGCUUGAAAGCAGGCAAUUAAUGUAACAAUGGCUGUACACUUUAUCUGUAGACAGUCUGUUCACAUAGGUGUUUUGAUUGGUCUCCCAACUUUACUACAAUUAAUGCUUUAAAUCAUUUGCUGAAUAAAUUGAAUUUUAUUUACAUUAAAUACAAGUUACUUGAUCUAAAAAUAUCCAUAUUAUUUUUGCUGAAUUCCAUAGCCACUGGGGAAUACUUGCAAUGAAUUGAAAUAUGUGUACACUUGUAUGUUUAGGAAAAUUGAAUGUCACUCGAGUACAGGUUGGUUGUGUCUUCUUCUGCCCUGUGUCUUCUUAGUUGUCAUGUUUCAGGAGGAGUUUUUCAGUGAUGAGUCAGAUUUAAACGGGAAACUAUAGUGCCAGGAAAAAAACGUUGGUUAUGGAUGAAUAGAAGUUGAGAAAUUAGAAUAUUGAUAGUAAUGACAAGCCUGUCAAUUUUAUUUAAUGGCAAAAGAAAUGCAAGGUGGGUAUGUUUGAGAUCAACUGAAAAGCAUCUUAAGUUAUUUGAGGGCGAUUAAUGGGUGGACGAAUAAUCUGUAACAGAGUGUUCUUAACAAAGAUAAAGUCUGCAAGAUACAGAGACUGGCUGGCUGCUAUCCGUGAAGAAGAUGAGUGAAUCAACAAAGAUGACAACACAGAAAGCUGAAUAAUGACGUUUCCAUUAUCAACCAAAAAGCAUCAGUAGUGAUGUCCCGAACUGUUCGCCGAAUGGUUCACCGCGGACUCAUCAUUGAGUAAACUUUGACCCUGUACCUCACAGUCAGCAGACACAUUCCAGCCAAUCAGCAGCAGAUCCUCCCUCCCAGACCCUCCCACCUCCUGGACAGCUCACUAAGAAUGCAGCUUCACAAUGAAUGUAAAAUGAAUGCUGUCCAGGAGGUGGGAGGGUCUGGGAGGGAGGGUCUGCUGCUGAUUGGCUGGAAUGUGUCUGCUGACUGUGAGGUACAGGGUCAAAGUUUACUCAAUGAUGAGUCUGCGGCGAACCGUUCGGGACAUCACUAAGCAUCAGUACUCCGAUAGUGAAGAGAAGAACUUUAGUUUUGUAGAUGGUAAGUUACAAGGAAUGGGCAUAUGUCCAGCAGAUAGAGCAAUGAUAAUUAAAGGUUCCAAAAUGGAUACUGGUGAUCAGAAGCAGGGCUGCACACAGAAGCUUUAACAGAUCUCUCCCAUGUGAUGUGCAGCAAAGGGAUGUUAAAUAUAUAGUUGAAGAAAAGAUAUUCCACAACUGACCUUGCUUAACCAGGAUAAAUUUAAAGGGAUACUGUACUACCAAUCCCUCUGCUCUCUCCCCUCCCAUAGGUUAAAAAAAAAAAAAGGGGGUUACACACCCUUUAUUUACUUGCCAUAUCCCAGCGCAGAUGUCACUCGGCGGCAUGUUGACGCUCUGCCCCCUCCUCCGUCUAAUGCGCAUGAGUGGCAAAUGCUGCGUGCUCAUUAGACUUCCACAUAGGAAAGCAUUGAAUCAUGAGGACCUACAGCGUCCGAUAACUGACCAAAAGUCCGUUGGGAUCCUGGAACCGCUCCCAGUGGCUGUCUGGUAGACAGCCACUGAGGGGACACUUAGUGCUGCAAUGGUUAACAUUGCAGCACUAGGUGCAAAAGGGACACAGCACCCACACCACUUCAAUGAGCUAAAGUGGUCUUGGUGCCUACAGUGUCCCUUUUAGAUAGAAAUAAAAUGCACGUUUUCCCAAUGCGUUUGGUUGUCAUUCCCUUAAACAUGCACUUGGUGGUGGUUUUUUUUUUUUGUUUUUUUUUUUUAGAAUACACUUGUAAACCUUAUCUUUCAGCUGCAGAAAUGGCUUGUGCAGCUAAUGACAAUUUUCAAGUUUUUGUUUUUAAUUUUUUUUAAAAACCAUGUUAAAGAGUUCUAAGGUUAAUGAGGAUAUCCAUUUUCAUCUUGAUUUUGUUUAAGGAGAGAGUUGUCUUGUGCUAUACCUUUCCUAAGGUUAAGAGAUAAUGCUUUUGAAGUUGAAACCAUUAAACCAUCACUAUCUUGCCAUAAAGAUAUCUGCAAUGGCUAAUAAUAAAUAUAUGUCCUCACAUCUUUUAUAGAUGCCCACUAUACAUUCCAGUAAUACCAUGGGGGGUACAUGUCUCAUGACAACUUGGUUCAUGCACUUAAAGUCUGGUUGUAAAGAUGAAGUCAGGUGGGUUAGUAAAAAUGCCAGGCAUCGUGUUAUGCAGGACGUCUGCCCUUCAGCAUAUCACAUAAUGCAGCUGGAAAUUGCACACAGCACCUGUCUGUCAAACAAAAACCCUUUACAUUUACUGUGCUUGUUGCUACUUGCCCAUUUAAUUUUUCCUUAUCUGGCACAUUGUAAAUGCUGACCUCUAUAGCAAAGAGUCAAGAUAGACAUUUAGCUUCUGGUGUCUUCUAUAUCCCCCUACUGAAUGAUAUUCAAUAACAUAUCUUAUUUUGACAGUUAAAACCCUUCUAACAUGACUGUAUCUGGAGUUUGGUUUUGGGGGGUUUAGAGUGCUGUGGAAACGGUUUGACAAAAUCCAGACUGGCUUUAUAGUAUUCUAGCUGUAGUUGUUAAAAUGCUUGGAGGGCACAUUUAAAAAGCCCUUUCUUUCAUUAUAUAUGAAAAUUAAACAUAGAGAAAAUAUAAAAAAGUUUUCUCAAGUCUAAAGUCCUAGAAGGCAUUCUCAUAAUGUCUUCCAUAAAAAAUGUAGACCGUGCUAAGUGUGUAUAUGAUCUUCUGUCCUACCUUCAUAUGUUACAUUAAAGGAAGCUCUUGUAUAUUCUUCUUGGGGUUUUAUUUAUUUAUUCGUCUAAAUUUUAAAAGGGAAAAAUGUCUAUUUGUAAGUUUACAACUUUGGUGGACUGGUAACAAGGGAGAAAACUUGGGGUAGAAGAACAGAACCCCAAUUUUAGGAAGGUCCAGGGCAGUUGGAAAAAGACUGAGGGGGGGUUACUGUGAAUGAGGGAGAGGGUGACAGUGAGGGGUGUUAGAAAUACUUUUAUUUAUUUAUUUUUCAUUCCCUGGUGGUCCGGUGGGCUGUCUCUCCAGUCUGCAGAACUACAACUGCAUAUCCCGAGCGAUAGAAAUUGAGCGUUACUAAUUUUCGGCAGAUUUGCCCAAAUUUUCAGCAGAAAUGUGAGAGGCCCAUUUUUGGCCAAAAUUUACGUGCAUCCUUAGUUAAUAACCUUUGGCAAUCUAGAUGUUGUGGACUAAAUCUAUAACAAUGCUUAUACAUCUAUAAUGUUGACAACGCACCGGGGAGGUAAAGUCCACAAUGUCUAGAGUGCCAAAGGUUGCCUCUUACUGACUUAACAUGUUCUUUAAACGAUCAUGAUAGGUAUGGAAUAAUGCCUAUCCAAAUAGACCAGAAUGAGUUGCUGCUAAAUGCAGCCUCUCAUUCUAGUGUAGGAGGGGCCUUCCUGCAACUGCUGUCAAAUCCACUAAACCAGGGUUGUUCAAUCUUUUGGAAGUCGAAGGACACACAAUUGAUAACUCUUAUAUGCAACACAAUGGCAAUCAGGAGUGUUGUAUUCAUAUGGCUUGAUGUCAUGCCAGUAAUCUCUCUUGCUUUCCAGCACUCACUAAUGAAUCACAGUUCAGUCUAGGAAUCUUGACUCUUCGAAUCUGCAAGCGUGCAAUUAGUGUGGUCUGCACAUGCUGGAGAUGCAAACCACGCAAUCUCCCACAAGACUUCCAUGAACCAUAGAUAAUGUGUGUGGUUUCCUGUGUCUUUGUAUGUCGUGUACUGUUUUACUUAUUGCGGGUAGGGGUCAAAACAGAGCGCACACAUUGCAUACAGAACACAUCCACUCCAACAUGAUACUCAACACUGCCAUACACAUUAUAGUUGGCCAGCACCCAACACAUGUACAUACUACACACUCGCAACACAGACUACAGACAUUACACACAGCCAACACACCCUAUUAGAGGGGAUGACAGAGAGAGACUAUGCAGGGGCAGUCAGUGUUUAAGACACGUGGCGUUGGUCACUAUACAGCACAUUUUCACAUAUCAAAUCAAAAUAUAAAGUAUGGAGGCUAUGACAGUUGGAGAGAUCUAAAAAAAAAAAAAAAAAGUUUUUAAUUUAUCCAGUCUUUUUCAUUUGUGAAAAAUCAGAGUUCAUUAAAUGUCACUGUCAAGGUCCAGGACUCAAGACGGGGACCCGAAUCAGAAAUAUUUUAUUUUAUUUAUUUUUCUGUGUCCGUACAAGUAGACUGGGCUACGACCUUAAUCCCUCGGACAAGUAGAAUUAUUAUUAUUAUUAUUAUUAUUAUUUUUUUUUUUACUUCCACACCUCUGACAAUAAAGAUUCUGUUAAUGAGUGACACUGUUAUUUUGAAUUUUUUUUUAUUUUACUAAUAAAUCCGCAUUAGAAACUAUUUCUGUAGGAGCUAAUCAGAGAUGGUCCUCUGAAAAGCACUUUAUAGUCAAAUGACUAAAAUAUCCUGACUAGUAUAUGUGUUAUUAAAUGAUCAGAAAUUUAGUGAGAUGUGAGGUAUUUAAACCAGCUCUUAAAAACUACAGUACAAACAGAUGUUAUUAAAUCACCAGUAGUUCUUUGGUGAGGGAUCUGGGAAGUAUGUACAUAAGCCCUUACAAGAGCUGCUCUCUAUACUAGGAGGACCCAGUUUGAGGUGUUACUCUAUGGUUUGGAUUAGUCAUGAGGCAUUGUGACCAGGUUUUGUGCAUGUCUAAAAGGCAACAUCCUUAAUUCUGUGACCUCCCUAAAAUGAUUUUUUUGGGGUAUGCUUAUUGAAAAGCUGAGCUUUUCUGGUUCUACAGGCUCAGCUUCUCGGUGAGAAAUUACUGCACCAAGCUAUUGUUAUAUGAUUGAUGGUGACCCGCAGCACAUGGGUUGAGCACCCCUGUGCUAAACUGUGCUCCAAGUGAUAUUUUGCAUGGGCAUAUCUAAAAGAGGCUCUCUGUAUAUAGAGUUUUCUUUUUCCUCUCUUUGGUAUUCUUUGUUUAUGUCCCCUGUCUUGGUUAAAUGAAGCGGUUUUGGUGUAUAGAGCAUUUAGAAGUUAAAUCACUUUGUUUAUACAGCCCUAGCAACAUCACUAAGCUAGUUUUUUUGGUGCUUAGUGUGCCUUUUUUAUUUAUUUAUUUUUUUUAUUCAUAUUGUCUUUCCUUCCUUGUGCUGGGUUUCAGUCUAUAGAAACCACCAUAUUGCUCUUUGCCUCCAUGUAGUCAGCUGUUUGCCCUUGUGUGGGAUUCUUUUGACAAAUAGACUGUGGGUAAAGUGGGCAAAGUUAGCAUUUAUAAUUUAUUUUGUGUUAAAUGCAAACCACAAUUAUCAACGCUAACUUUGGCCAGUGUCUGUGACUGAGUGGCUACUUAAAAAAGACUGAACAUACCUUGGGUUGUCUUCGUUUGCAAAUGGUAUGCCAUCAUGGAGGUAAUUCUUAUUCCUGAGCUACCAUAUGCUCUCAAAGGCUACAUUUCCAAUUUGGCAAAUUUCAAUGUGGAAAAAAUAGAAAAGCAAGCUUUAUAUUUGACUGUGUUCCUUUCAAAAACACUAUAAAACCUGUACAUGGGGGCUACUCUUAUACUCUGCAGACUUCGCAGAACACAAAUAUUAGUGUUUCAAAACAGUAAACAGUAUCAUCAGUGAAAGUGCUGUUUGUGUGUGUAAGAUGCAAAAAAAAAAAAGGAACUUUCACUGACCAUAUCAUCGCUGUGAUAUGUUUUACGGUUUUGAAACACUAAUAUUUGUAUUCAGUGAAGUCUCCCGAGUAAAACCGUACCCCCCAUGUACAGGUUUUAGGGUGUCUUGGAAAGUUACAGGGUUAAAUAUAGUGCUAGCAAAUUAAAUUCCCUUUACUUUCAGCCUGGGUUGUCAAGCAAAUCCCUCAAAUUGUAAUCAAUAAAAUUAUUUAAAGGGACACUAUAGUCAUCCAGACCACUACAGCUCAAUGAAGUGGUCUGGGUGCCAGGUCUCCCCAGUUUUAACCCUUCAGAUGCAAACAUAGCAAUUUCAGAGAAACUGCUAUGUUUACAUUGCAGGGUUAAUCCAGCCUCUAGUGGCUGUCUUCCUGCAACGCUGGAUGCGAAUGUGGCUCUUGCCGCGCAUGAGCAUUCCACUCCACUCAGGAGCUGACGUCGGUGGGGGAGGAGGGGCCACCAGCCCUGAGGGAGCUGGAUUAAGGUCAGUAACUGAAGGGAUUUUAACCCCUUCAGCGCCAAGGGAGGGGGACCCUGAGGGUGUGGGGGGGAUCCUAAGGAUAAUAUAGUGGCAGGAAAACAAGUUUGUUUUCCUGACACUCUAGUGAUCCUUUAAUUAUAAAAAUAUUACAUAAAUAUGCACGUAGAAUUUAAAUAACUAAAAAAAAUGUGUGUGUCUCCAUGUAUAUUUAUGAAGUUAUUUAUGUAAUCCUUUAAAUGGAUAUAUUUAUUUUUGUGUGUGUAUGUAUGUGUGUAUAUAUAUAAUAUAUAUAAUAUUCAUAUCAAAAUAGUUAGAAUGAAAUUACAUAUGUAUCAUUUUAGUUUUUACAUUUCUUUUUAAAAUUAUUUUAAAAAAUUUAGUGUGUGUGUGUAUAUAUAUAUAUGUAUAUGUGUAUAUAUAUAUAUAUAUAUAUAUAUAUAUAUAUAUAUAUAUAUAUAUAUAUAUAUAUAUAUAUAUAUAUAUAUAUAUAUAUAUAUGUAUGUAUGUUUUGUAAUUUUAUUCUAAGUGUAUUAAUAUAUGUAUAUAUUAAAAAAUACACUUCGUAUGACGAAAUACGUGUGUGUAUGUAUGUAUGUAUGUAUAAUUAUUAUUUUUUUUUUUUAAACCAAUAUAUUUUCUUCUCUUCAGAAGCAGGGAGACUGCCGGUCAGUUUAGGAAGUUGCCCUGCAGGGAGACACAGAAACGCCUAUUGCGGCCAUGUGACCGCUCUUUCAGAGCAAUCACAUGGCCCACGGGGGCAUAAUUUGCAGAGGGGGGACUGUCUGGGCUGUUAGGCAGUUCCCCGCAGACCGGGAGCAACGCCGAUCGCCGGCGGGGGAAUGGCAGGGAUUGGGUAAGUGAAUAGCACGGCGGGGACAUUCUAUGCCGCCCACCAGCGUUUAGAGCCACCCUUUCAAGGACGGCAUAGAAUGCCCGCCAUCCUUAAGUGGCUAAACGACAGCUGUCACCUCAAAACGUGAAAAAAAGUGCAUCUCUCUGGUCUGCUUCUGUGCUGGGAGUGAAGCAAGAAAAUCAUAGACAAACGGUUGGUUUUCAUACACGGUUUGACAAAAAGUGUAUGCAAAUGACUGAAUUAUUCUGUCCUAUACUAAAGGUAGGGAUGCAUUUUUCUUUUUUUUUCCUUUUACAUCUACUUUAUUAAAAAAAAAAAAAAAAAUCUAUUUCCUUUCAGAACUUGAUAAAAGGAUUCAUAUAUUAUUUAAAAAAAAAAAAAAAAUGGUUUUAGGUGAUCGUUGUGCUGCUGUAUUAUCCUUUGUUAUAAAUGUGUAUAUAUCACAUACAUAUAAUGGUAUGUGUAACAGCUUUAUCAUGGUUGGGGACUAGAAACUUCCAUUCAGCCAUAAUAUUAUUUGCAUUAAGUUAUAAUAUUUAUAAUAUUCUCUUGUUUGUGCCCAUAUUUAGGUUUUACACUCCCAGACACAGCAUUUGGUGAUCAGGAAAUCCUGUAUAGACUAUCUGCGUGAAAACAGAGGCCAAUUUGAAGCGGUAAAUGAUACUUUCAUUUUCUUAUGUCUUAUGGUGCUCAGCCGUAGACUUGAUUUAACUCCUCAGCCGUUUGAUCAGACAUUAUCAAAAUCUGGAUUUAAUUUGCUCAAACUUUAAAAGUUUAGUUUCAUAGCCAUGGUACGCCUCUUACACUGGACACUACAGGCUGUAGUAAAAAAAUUUUUUUCCUUGGUUGUUUUCCUCCUUGAAGGGGCACUAUAGUCACAAGAACAACUACAGCUUAUUGAAUUUGUUCUGGUGAGUAGAAUCAUUACCUUCAGGCUUUUUGCUGUAAACACUGUCUUUUCAGAGAAAAAGCAUUGUUUACAAUACAGCCUAGUGAUAACUUCGCUGGCCACUCCUCAGGUGGCUGUUAGAGAUCCUUCCUGGGUCAUGGCUGCCUAAAAUGCAUCCAAACAUUCAGUAUCUCCACCCUCUGCAUGCAGACACUGAACUUUCCUCAUAGAGAUUCAUUGAUUCAAUUCAUCUCUAUGAGGAGAUGCUGAUUGGCCAGGGCUGUGUUUGAAUCAUGCUGGCUCUGCCCCUGAUCUGCCUCCUUGACAGUCUCAGCCAAUCCUAUGGGGAAGCAUUGUGAUUGGAUCAGGCUACCACUUCUGAUGUCAGCUGACAGCUUGUUUUUUUCAGGCAAACAGCAUGCAGAUAUAUAGCUUCAGGCUUGAAUACAGUAAGAUUUUGCUAUAUUUAUGGAGGCAUGAGGGGCCCAGGGGGGCUAGAUGGUGGUUUUAACCCUAUAGGGUCAGGAAUACAUGUUUGUGUUCCUGACCAUAUAGUGAUCCUUUAAUGCAUUAUAUAUUGUUUUUUAGGUAAUACAUAUUCUAUAGUGUGCUCUGCUCAGAGUAGUAAGUGCUUCAUUCAAUCAUAAUGCUCACAUUCUACGGUAGAGGUGAGCUAAUCUCAUAAAUCUGUACUUACAAAAAUGUAAUUUUAUAUUUACAAGAGGGAUUUCUGGAUUGUAUUUCGGUUUUCUAGUUGGAGGCCUUUGGGUGAAAUACAAGUACUUAUGUUAGCAGAUGGAAGCAUAGCCUCCCCUUGGUGCAUAUUUUAGUGAGGGGUUUGCUUACAACUGCAGUGAUUAUCAAAAAUGCUAGGUACGACCUUAAUGCAAGUUAACCUAUGUAAGGAUCCCUGUGUAGUACAGCAGUUAAUUCCUAGUGGCCAAAAUUGUAAAGUUGAGGCUAGAAUAUCCAAGAUUUAAUUAGGGUUGAGUUGGAGGUUAUUUUUUUUUUGUUUGUUUGUUUUUUUUUUUAUUAUUUUGUAUUUAUUUUUUAUGGAAUAACCCUGUAUCCUAUUAAUAAAUUGGCUCUGUCACCUCAAACGUGCCUUACUUCUAGGUUUCUUCUUCUCUUUCAGAAUCUGUUCUUAGUUUCUUAAUUUCUGAUCUACUUCUCUUUAAAACCUAAGCAAAGUAAGGAUUACGUUUUGUCUUAUGUAUUUUUACUUCAUCUGACAAAGGGUGGAGCUUAAGGCAAGCUCCAACCUUUAUCGUGAUUGUCAAGCGUACGUUGUUUUAUAGAGCAAUAGAUUAGAAAAGAACAGCUUCUGAAAGAGUAAGUGAAGAAACACUAGGAGAAAAGCAAGUUUUAGGUGACAGAGCCACUUUAACCCUUAACAUUGCUGCUUAUAUCAGUGAUGACAUGUGUAUUACAAACAAAUAGUUAUAGAAAUAUUAAUGUCAUUAAUAAAUGUCUUGUCUUGUUUUUAAGUUUAUUGAGGGGUCUUUUGAAGACUAUUUGAAGAGUCUGGAAAAUCCACAGGUAUGUAAAAUGCGUUGGUUUUAAAUUAAAUAAGUAAAAUGCAGAGAAUAGUGGAAAAACCACCCAGUACACUUAUAAGAAUUAAAAUUUAAACAUAACCUGGCGCAGUGGACCAGGAUAAUGGGAUUAAUGCAGAUCUACAAUAGUAAUAAACAUCACAUAGCGUAAUACAGUAAAGAUAAGAACAGUGAGUGGUGCUAGUAUUAAACUCACAAACAUAAUAUGAAACAGGCUUCUCACCCCACCAGGGUUUAAAAAACAAAUCAGAAAGCUGGUGAAUCUCCGUAGUGGAAAUCCUCAUAAAUUCCUUGGGUAAAUGGAAGAAAAAGAGCCAUACAAGGUGAAGUAUAGUUAAAACCGAAAAGGGAUUUUAUUAGAUUGCACUUAAAAACAGGCAGAGCGUUUGGGCAUAUCUCCACAAAAAGUGGAACCAAGCAGCAGCGUGGUAGAUCUUGCAAUGCCAAAAGUUUCAGCAGUUUAAAAAUAAAAGCAAAUAUAAAACAAAAUUAAAAGUCCAUACAGAGUCCAAGAUUUGAUGUUUCCAACACAUUUCGUUUGGUGGUGGACUUCUUCAGGGAUUCCUGAAGAAGUCCCCCUGUUGGACACAUCAAAUCUUGGACUCUGUAUGGACUUUUAAUUUUGUUUUAUAUUUGCUUUUAUUUUUAAACUGCUGAAACUUUUGGCAUUGCAAGAUCUACCACGCUGCUGCUUGGUUCCACUUUUUGUGGAGAUAUGCCCAAACUCUCUGCAUGUUUGUAAGUGCAAUCUAAGAAAAUCCCUUUUUGGUUUUAACUAUACUUCACCAUGUAUGGCUCUUUUUCCUCCAUUUACCAAAGGAAUUUAUGAGGAUUUCCACUGCUGAGAUUCACUAGCUUUCUGAUUCGUUUUUUAACCCCUGGUGGGAUGAGAAGCCGGUUUCAUCUUAUGUUUGUGAGUUUAAUACUAGCACCACUCACAUUGUUCUUAUCUUUACUGUAUUACGCUAUGGGAUGUUUAUUACUAUUCUAGAUCUGCAUUGAUCCCAUUAUCCUGGUCCACUCCUCCAGGUUAUGUUUACAUUUUAAUUCUUAUGCGUGUACUGGGUGGUUUUUCCACUUUUCUCUGCUUUUUACUUAUUAGUUAGGUGUCUGUGAGGUACACCUGGGAACACUUGGUUUUCACAUAUACUAAAUUUUGUCUUUAGUGUGUGUAUAUAUACCUUGGUUUUAAAUUAAUACCUAUACUUGUGUUUUCUUUUAAAUAAGUUUAGUCAAUAUCAAUUAAAGUACUCUUCCACUAGAGUGUUUUUAUUAAACCACCGAAUACAACUCAGUCCCUGUAUCUUUACUAUCUUUAAGUUCUUAUUAUUUUUUAUAAAUGUUUUCAUCGUAUGCAGGAAAUGUUCACAGGAAAUUAAAGGGCUACUCAAAACAACAUAACCACUACAGCCCGAUGUAGUGGAAAAGAUGCUAGUCAUACUUUGGCAGUGAUCCCCAGUAAUGGGGUAAACCAUUUGUAAUGGUUUCCCAAUUACAUGGUCUUACUGGGCGCUGAGUAAUGGUGUCUUAACAAAAAGCAGGAUGCCGAUUCGAACGUUCAUUGAUUAGCUAAGAGUGUCAGCUAAGCUCUCUCCGCCAACAAAUGACCCUUUGCACCUAGAGAUAUGCACAGGAUUGACAUUGGCAAGCCUGGACUAGCUAAUGAUCUUCUUAGUGAUGUUGCCUGAGGUAUAGUUACACCUCCACAGUAAAGGAGUUUAAGCAUGCGUGGGAUAGGCAUAAGGCUAUCCUAACUGUAAGAUAAGGCCAGGGACUAAUGAAAGUAUUUAGAAAAUUGGGCAGACUAGAUGGGCCCGAAUGGUUCUUAUCUGGAGUCACAUUCUAUGUUUCCACUAGCUAGCACUAAUAUCUAUGUAUAUGCAGUGUUUCAUACUAAAAAGUUGCAGGUACAGACUGAGCACCCUGACCACUUCAAAUCACUGAAGUGAUUACUGUGUUUGGAUUUACCCUUUAAAAGAAGCUUGUUUAUUAUACUCCCAACAGUAUCAUUGUGCUCCGUCCUGCAGAUCAAGACGUUUGAAGCUGCCUGUAAUAAGAGGUAUACAAGUGACUGUACAUAGUAUUAUUACAAAGUAUUGGUAACCGUAAACAAUGUGAUUCUGAAGAGUGUUUAGGAGUUGGUGCCCACUUGUUCUCAUGUAGGCCUUAAUUCACUAUUUUUGAAUAAGCUUUUCAAAUGAUCUGUUAAAAAAACAAACAAACUUUUCAGACGAUUUAUGGUGGUGAUGUAUGUGUAGAUUUGAGUAGGUUUUCUAACAGGUUGAGAUUAUUUAAAAAGCAUAUUGAAAAAAUAUUAAAUGUUCCAUUAUGGAAGACUAAGGGCUUCUCUGGGAGCGUUAGAUAAUUUCAUGACUAGAGUGAAAAAAGCAGACUGAUCAGAAAAACAAGCCUGCCUGUGUUGGAAAAUCUGUAAUGGUCGAUGUAUGGAUCAAGAUUAUAAAAUGUUCUGUUUCCCUCCCUCAUGCAGGAAUGGGUUGGCCAGGUGGAAAUAAGUGCCCUUUCACUGAUGUUCAAGUAAGGCAAACACUUGUUUUAUGUCUGCACAACAUUCUGAAGACUGAUUAUUACUUGUCAUGGCUGUUCAGUUGUGCUUGAACAAUAUUACUUUUAUUUUUUUUAUUUUUUAUUUUAUUGAUGCUUUUAUAUAAAGAGCAAAGUGUGAACUGUGUCCAGAAAACAGAAAUCUAGGUUUUAGUUCCUCCUCCAUUACACUUGCCUUAAAAAUGUGAGAGUAGUACAGUAGGGGUAUAGAUGAAUUCUUUUUUUGUUUUUUUCCUGCCAUUUCAAUAAGCUAUUAAACUCUGCUCUUUCCUCCCCCUCCUUUUCCCUCCUGAAAACAAGUUUGGUUAUGAUGCUUGGGUCAUUUUUGAAGUUGCAGACAUACUCCAAGAGCGCAAUAUAGAUCUGUAUGGAACAAUUGGUGGCAUUAAGCUCACAUCUUUAGAACAUAACAAUACUAAGUAAACACACAUGUAUGCAAAGAAUUACCUAUGAAAUCAAUCAUGGAGAUCAUUGAAAAUAUUCCUCAAAUAACAGUGGUCUUUUGAAAUUAUUUUUAGGAGAGAUUUUGUUAUUUAUCAAGAACCCAAUUUUCCUCCCUCGUAUGUCACUGGAAAUGGCUUUUCCGAAAAGGUAAAUAAUUUGUUAUUGAAUUGCAUAUGCUCUGAAAACUUUGGAGUUGUUUUAUAAAUGGUAAGAUGGUGCCCGUGCAGGAAACAGAACAACUUUAUCUCUACUUGUUAUGCUGCUAAAAAUUAUAAACACAAGAAUAUCUACAACAAGAAAAAACUAAAAUCGUGUAAUAAGGUCAGGUGGGAGCUUAAAGGCUAUUCAAUGUUGCACUCACAGGAGAUUGCAUGAUAGAAGAAGGCCUUAAGCUCCUCCAAUAUUUUCUUUUCUCUUUUACUCCAUAUACAAUGCAUACACAAGGACAGAGAAGAAUGGAUACAUCUUCUUAUAUCCAAAAUGAACACUUUAUUGAAUCUACUUACAAGAGGAUUAAAAUAAUAGGCAUAUCACCAUAACCACUGGGUCCUCGUUCAGGAGCAGCAGCAUACAAAUUAAAAAAUGGUGAUGUAAACAAGUAUAUUUAAAAAAACAAAUGAAAGGAUAUUAUACAAUAUAAGCGCUUAUAUUGUACAAUAUUAUUCUUUCCUUUGUUUUUUAUUUUUUAAAUAUUUGUUUACAUCACCAAUUUUUAAUUUGUAUGCUGCUGCUCCUGACCUUCUAAGAAUCUCGCCCCGAACGAGGACCCAGUGGUUAUGGUGAUUACACGAUUUUAGUUUUUUCUUGUUGUAGAUAUUCUUGUGUUUAUAUAUUUUAAGAUCUAGAGGAAUGUUAGAUUUAUCUACAUUUAAAGAAGCAAAUGGUAAUUUUAUUAUUUCUCACCCCUUCUGUUUUUUCCUUUCACUGGUGCUGCUGUAUCGUGUGGUACAAGUUUUGUAUAUAAAAAUUAUAAACAAAUUACAACCUUUUGACUUUUUCACGUCGACCUAUCUUCAGGAAAUAAUUUAAAUGCCAAGUUUCCUUUUGGCAUGAAUGGAUUUAAUCUAUAUUGUACAAAUGUGUAGUUAAAUGAAAGAAAAAGAAAAAAAUUAUAUAAUAUAUAUAAUCUGAAGUUGUUGAAUCCAUCAAACACAUUAUGAAGGUAAAAACAAAUAGAAAUAAUGUCUUAUAUUUGCAUUUGCUGCAGUUUUUUGUUUUUUUUGUAAUAGUUUGUCCACAGUCAAUGUCCUGUCAGCGAUGUUCUGACAGUCACCCAAGGCAACCACCACAGUUAUGUAAACUUAUACCAAGAAUGACACACUAAAUACAAAAACUAUUGUGUUAAGCUUCACUUUUCACAGACUAUUUAAGUGUGUGGCUUUUCCUGGGCACCUUACAGCAAGACCGUGAUGGGGGGCAUUGCUGCUUGGAGGUGAAUUGUAGUGAAAAUUGUUUAAUUGCUUCUUUUUUUUUUUUUUUUAAGAUAUUGCUGUGUUUUUCGAAUGGAAAUCAUUAUGAUAUUAUCUACCCUCUUGAUUUUAUUGAGAAUGCUGCUUUGUGCCAAUGUAAGUAUUCUUGUGUUCAGUCAUUGCUUUUAAUCAAUUAAUAUCACACCUACAUUAAAAUACUGUACCCCCCUCCCCAAGCUUAUAUGUUUAUGGAAACUGUGCGUGUUUGUGUAUACACUUCCCAGUGUUUAAUGGUGUAUGACGGUGCUUGUUAUGCCCAAUCGGUCUGCAUGGGACUACUAAAAUCCAUAUAAAACCAAAAACCAGUAAAAAGGUGCUGACAACUGUUUCUUAAUUUAAAACCAUAAAUAAAAGAUCAGAGACCACAUGGGUUUACUUCAGGGAGAUCAUGCCAAACUAAUCUUAUUGAUUUUUUUUGAUUGGGUAACUAAAAUUAUAGAUCAGGGUGGUGCAGUAGACAUUGCUUACCUAGAUUUCAGUAAGGCUUUUGACACUGUUGCACAUAGAAGGCUUAUCAAUAAACUGCAAUCUUUAAAGGACCACUAUAGUGCCAGGAAAACAUACUCGUUUUCCUGGCACUAUAGUGCCCUGAGGGUGCCCCCACCCUCAGGGACCCCCUCCCGCCCGCUCUGGAAGGGGAAAGGGUUAAAAACUUACCUUUUUCCAGCUGGUGAGCUCUCCUCCUUCUCUCCUCCUCCGUUCCUCCUCCUGGAGCUGAAUGCUUGCAGCGGCAAGAGCUGCUUGGCGCACAUUCAGCCAUUGCAGAAAGCAUUUACAAUUUCCCUGGACGCUUGCGGCUCACUGUGAAAAUCACAGUGAGAAGCACGCAAGCGCCUCUAGUGGCUGUCAAUGAGACAGCCACUAGAGGAAUAGGGGGAAGGCUUAACCCAUUGAUAAACAUAGCAGUUUCUCUGAAACUGCUAUGUUUAUUUAAAAAUGGGUUAACCCUAGCUGGACCAGGCACCCAGACCACUUCAUUAAGCUGAAGUGGUCUGGGUGCCUAGAGUGGUCCUUUUAAGUUUGGAUUCCAAUGUUGUUGAAUGGGUAAGGCAAUGGCUGAGUUACAGGCAAUAGAGGGUUGUAGUCAAUGGAGUAUAUUCAAAGCAUGGGCUUGUCACCAGUGGAGUACUUCAGGGAUCUGUUCUUGGACCCAUUCUCUUUAAUAUUUUUAUUAGUGACCUUGCAGAAGGUCUUGGUGGUAAGGUAUGUCUUUUUGCUGAUGAUACUAAGAUAUGUAACAGGGUUGAUGUUCCAGAAGGGAUAAGCCAAAUGGCAAAUGAUUUAGGUAAACUAGAAAAAUGGUCUGAUUUGUGGCAACUGACAUUUAAUGUGGAUAAGUGCAAGAUAAUGCAUCUUGGAUGUAAAAACCCAAGGGCAGAGUACAGUAUAUUUGAUAGUCCUAACCUCAACAUCUGAGGAAAGGGAUUUAGGGGUGAUUAUUUCUGAUGACUUAAAGGCAGACACGGUAAUAGAGCAGCAGGAAAUGCUAGCAGAAUGCUUGGUUGUAUAGGGAGAGGUGUUAGCAGUAGAAAGAGGAAGUGCUCAUGCCAUUGUACAGAACACUGGUGAGACCUCACUUGGAGUAUUGUACGCAGUACCGGAGACCGUACAGUCAGAAGGAUAUUGAUACUUUAGAGAGAUUUCAGAGAAGGGCUACUAAACUGGUUCAUGGAUUGCAGGAUAAAACUUACCAGGAAAGGUUAAAGGAACUUAACAUGUAUAGCUUGGAGGAAAGACGAGAUAGGGAAAAUAUGAUAGAAACAUUUAAAUACAUAAAGGGAAUCAAAACCGUAAAGGAGGAGACCAUAUUUAAAAGAAGGAAAAACUUCAACAACAAGAGGACAUAGCUUUAAAUUAGAGGGGCAAAGGUUUAAAAAUAAUAUCCGGAAGUAUUACUUUACUGAGAGGGUAGUGGACGCAUGGAAUAGCCUUCCAGCUGAAGUGGUAGAGGUUAACACAGUAAAGGAGUUUAAGAAUGCGUGGGAUAGGUAUAAGGCUAUCCUAACUAUAAGAUAAGGCUAGGGACUAAUGAAAGUAUUAAGAAAAUUGGGAAGACUAGAUGGGCCAAAUGGUUCUUAUCUGCCGUCACAUUCUAUGUUUCUAAAUAGAUAAAGCUGCACACUAAAAAAAUGAAAUGGCACCUUAAAAUUUAGUCUUAAAAUAGAAAAUUUAAAAUGUCAUUAAGACUGACAAUUAUUCAAAGUGCAUAAUAAAAAUAUAAGUAUAACUUUUACAAUAUAUACAUCCUGUGAGUUCACUCAAUGUGAUAUGAAAAGAAGGUGGGGGUAAGGUGGAGUGGUAGAGAACAAUUGGUGUAAUACUGCAAAAUAUAUCAUAGCAAAUAUAUAGAUUCCCACUCAAAAGCAAGAAACCGUGACAGUCUGCUCAAACUGUGACAACAGCAAUAUCUGGCAUUCCCCCAUUAAUAUGGCUUUCGCAUUUGCUAUGAUCCAGCUGUGUGAACAUUUUAAAACAGAGGAGACUUGUCUGCCUGUCUAUCCUGCCCCACAAAAUAAUUUUAAAAUUGGAAAACGUGCCUAGAACCCUGGGCGUUGACCGGGUUAUGUAAUAAUUCACAAAAAAAAUUUGUGAAUUAAAUCCAUAUUGGGAAAAACUGUGUAUAUGAGGUAUGCUUGCCCUGUGUACUGUGUGUGUGUGAGAUUGUUGGCUGUGUGUCAUGUUUGCAAAUUGUCAUUGUGCAGCAAAUAAGGUGUAUUAUAUAUAUAUUUUUUUUUUUCCCUAUCCUUUUUCUUUUAAGCUCUUGUUUAUGAACUGCUCUAUGAAAAAGUGUUGGAUAUAAAUAUUGGGGAAGGUUUGUUGAAACCAGACACUUCUAGCUUAACUGCUGAUGAUGCCUGCUGGAGUGAUGCUUCAGGAUCUGAUAUGGAAAACGAAAUCGCUGGGUAAGCGUUUUAAUAAACAUAAGCUGUGUGCAGUUCACUCUAAACUAAUUUAUAUGACAUUUAUGCAUUUUUAUGUAUUCAUUUUUCUUUGGUUAGUUUUCUUAGCAUGGUAUGUUUCCUUUUAACCCCUUAAGGACACAGCUUCAGUUUGCUUGGUUUAUACUUAAAGGGACACUAUUGUGAUCAAAACCGCUUUAGCUUAAUGAAUCGGUUUUGGGGGAAAGAUCAUGCACCUGCAGUCUCACUGCUCAAUUCUCUGCCAUUUAGGAGUUAAAUCACUUUGUGUAUGCAGCCCUAGUCACUCCUCUCUACAUGUAACUUACACAACAUUCCUAAACAUUUCCUGUAAAGAGAGCUCUAAUGUUAACACUUCCUUUCUUGCAUAGUCUGUUUAAUUUAGAAUGUCUUCAAUCGUCUUUUAAUAUCCUUAUAGACCCUACAGGAGCCUUGUGUGUGUGUGUGUGUGUGUGUUUAAAGAUGCAUUUUCAGAGCAGGAGAUAACAAUUCUAAAGCAAAAUAAACCAUAUAUGUUCAUGCUGGCUGUGUGAGGGGAGUGUGGCUAAGAUGACAUAAUCAGAAACAAAAGCUAUAUAGCGCCUAAAUGGCAGAUAAUUGAGCAGUGAGACAAGGGCACGAUCUAUACACAAAACUGCUUCGGUAAGCUAAAGUUAGUUUGGUGCCAGUAGUGUCCCUUUAAGUAGAAACCAAGCAAACUGAAACUGUUAUUGAAGGGUUAAGUCUAUUUAAGAGUACAAGCAAUUUUGCUAUGUGCGUGUUCAACAGUAAUUUUGUUUAUUGCAUCAGCACAUAUUUAGUUUUUAUUUUGUAUUAAGGACAAAAAGGGAAUUUAAUUUGAUGCCACACACACACAAGUUACUCAGUAAAAGCAUGCCGUUUGCAAAUGUGCACACCAUGGGAGCUCUUGCUUGAUAUACAGAUUUUGAUCUUAAGAUUUGUGAGGUUUGUUUUUUUCCCAAGUGAUGAUUGGUGUAUGUUUUCUGCGACACCCAUGGUUUUCUUUGAUUUGCCCUGCUUGGGGAAAUUUCUCAGUCAGCAUGCGUCACUAUGUUCCUUUACUCCCUAGCCAGUAAUAGCCGUGCCAGCUAGGAACUUAAAAUAGCAACCUUAGUGCUUGUGCUGUGAUUGCUGUGGGUGGAGAGCAUGAAGGGCCACCAGUGGAAGGUCCCAUCUACUCUCACUGCCAAUAAGUUCUUAAGCAUACAGGGAGUGCAGAAUUAUUAGGCAAAUGAGUAUUUUGACCACAUCAUCCUCUUUAUGCAUGUUGUCUUACUCCAAGCUGUAUAGGCUCGAAAGCCUACUACCAAUUAAGCAUAUUAGGUGAUGUGCAUCUCUGUAAUGAGAAGGGGUGUGGUCUAAUGACAUCAACACCCUAUAUCAGGUGUGCAUAAUUAUUAGGCAACUUCCUUUCCUUUGGCAAAAUGGGUCAAAAGAAGGACUUGACAGGCUCAGAAAAGUCAAAAAUAGUGAGAUAUCUUGCAGAGGGAUGCAGCACUCUUAAAAUUGCAAAGCUUCUGAAGCGUGAUCAUCGAACAAUCAAGCGUUUCAUUCAAAAUAGUCAACAGGGUCGCAAGAAGCGUGUGGAAAAACCAAGGCGCAAAAUAACUGCCCAUGAACUGAGAAAAGUCAAGCGUGCAGCUGCCACGAUGCCACUUGCCACCAGUUUGGCCAUAUUUCAGAGCUGCAACAUCACUGGAGUGCCCAAAAGCACAAGGUGUGCAAUACUCAGAGACAUGGCCAAGGUAAGAAAGGCUGAAAGACGACCACCACUGAACAAGACACACAAGCUGAAACGUCAAGACUGGGCCAAGAAAUAUCUCAAGACUGAUUUUUCUAAGGUUUUAUGGACUGAUGAAAUGAGAGUGAGUCUUGAUGGGCCAGAUGGAUGGGCCCGUGGCUGGAUUGGUAAAGGGCAGAGAGCUCCAGUCCGACUCAGACGCCAGCAAGGUGGAGGUGGAGUACUGGUUUGGGCUGGUAUCAUCAAAGAUGAGCUUGUGGGGCCUUUUCGGGUUGAGGAUGGAGUCAAGCUCAACUCCCAGUCCUACUGCCAGUUCCUGGAAGACACCUUCUUCAAGCAGUGGUACAGGAAGAAGUCUGCAUCCUUCAAGAAAAACAUGAUUUUCAUGCAGGACAAUGCUCCAUCACACGCGUCCAAGUACUCCACAGCGUGGCUGGCAAGAAAGGGUAUAAAAGAAGAAAAUCUAAUGACAUGGCCUCCUUGUUCACCUGAUCUGAACCCCAUUGAGAACCUGUGGUCCAUCAUCAAAUGUGAGAUUUACAAGGAGGGAAAACAGUACACCUCUCUGAACAGUGUCUGGGAGGCUGUGGUUGCUGCUGCACGCAAUGUUGAUGGUGAACAGAUCAAAACACUGACAGAAUCCAUGGAUGGCAGGCUUUUGAGUGUCCUUGCAAAGAAAGGUGGCUAUAUUGGUCAUUGAUUUGUUUUUGUUUUGUUUUUGAAUGUCAGAAAUGUAUAUUUGUGAAUGUUGAGAUGUUAUAUUGGUUUCACUGGUAAUAAAUAAUUGAAAUGGGUAUAUAUUUGUUUUUUGUUAAGUUGCCUAAUAAUUAUGCACAGUAAUAGUCACCUGCACACACAGAUAUCCCCCUAACAUAGCUAUAACUAAAAACAAACUAAAAACUACUUCCAAAAAUAUUCAGCUUUGAUAUUAAUUAGUUUUUUGGGUUCAUUGAGAACAUGGUUGUUGUUCAAUAAUAAAAUUAAUCCUCAAAAAUACAACUUGCCUAAUAAUUCUGCACUCCCUGUAGAGUUCAUGCAGAAUUUUAAAAGGAAGGGAAAAUACCUAUUUUUAAAUGUUGUUUUUCUCCCAAUGUAAACAUUUGGUAGAACAUGUAUAGAUUAAAUUAUGUACUCUUUAAAAAGAGCAUGAAUAAUUUUAGGGGGUGACCAGUUUCCUAUAAACUUUAACUAUGACCCUAUAGCUAAACAAGGUUAUUAGCGAACACUGACUGUAACCACUAAACACUAAUCUCAACCACUAACAUUUACUCUAACCCAGGGCUCGACAAAUCCCAGGUCACCAUGGCGACCAGGAAGCUUGUCCUGGUGCCUGGGAGUUGUGAGCCUGUUCAGCCCCUGAGGUAACCCCUGAGGGAGGAAGGCAAACGGCUGUAUGAGUGCGGCAGCAAGGGAGCUCUAAUCUCUCUGCUCCCUUGCGCACGCUCCAGUGAUGCCAGAAGCUGGAAUAUGACAUCAUUCCGGCCCUACAUCAUUUAAACAGUGCCGUAGGGAGCAGAGCAAUGACAGAAGCCCUAUUGGACCCCAGGGGAAGCUAAUCCACUCCAGCUUUCCCAAAGAUAAGUAGGCUGGGUGGGUUUAAAGGGGGAGGGGGAGAAAGUUAGUUUUUACAUUGAAAAGCUGCAGGGACAGUAUAUAGAUUUCAGAACAUCUACAUCAAGCUGUAGUGGUUUUGGUGACUAUAGUGUCCUUUUUAAGAACUGUAUUUUUGACACUGAAAAAUCUGGCUCAUAACUUAUUUUAGGCAAAUUUGUUGAGCCCUGCUCUAACCCCAGAGAUGUUAUAUUAAAAUGCAGAGUAUUUUGCCACUCAAUCGUAUCGUGGCAAGAUGUGUCACCAUGAUCAGUACUGGGUAGCAUUGUAUAACCUAGCCCUGAUCACCUUUGCAGCUGCUGAUUGUGUUGAAUGGGGCUUGCAGGGAAACCAGGUUGUGAUCUUCUCAGACUCAGUGGGUUUCCGUCAUUCAGAGGCAAUCCCCUGUGAUCUCAGUAAUUUUAAAUGGCUGAAUGCAACACUCACUGUGAGCACAGCACCCAGCUCGUGUGUCUGUCUGUCCUACUAAUUAUGACUCCAGAUGACAGAGGAGGCUCUGGUAUCAAGUGAUGUCUAUGGUCCCCCAGUAACCAGCAGGGAAGUAGUCUGACAGAAUUAUACCAUCAUGAGUCCUUAAGGGUAUGGACCCUUGACUGCAUAUUUGUCAUGCAUCCUAAAGGUGUUAACAAAAGGCAUUGAUUUAACCCUUUAAGGACUGAGCCAAGUGUACAAGUUGUGAUUAAAGAAAAACCUGGAUUUUGCGCUAUAUGUGGUUCAGCCAUAAUUCACCUCUUUCAUAUUAAGUACACCCACACAUUUUAUAUAUAAUUUUUGUUCAGGAGAAACAGGGCUUUCAUUUCAUAUCAAAUAUUUAUAUAUGAAACAUAAGUUAAUAUGAAUAAAAUCAAAAAAAAAAGAGAAAUUAAAUUGUUAUAUUUUUCAGGUUCUGCCUGGCAUUUUAACUGUGACUGUCAUAAUCCUGUUGGAUUUUACUGAAAUAAAAUACACAUUUGUAUUCAGAAAUCACGAGUAUCAUGGGUACAACAGUACCCCCAAUGUACAGGUUUUUUUUUGGGGGGGGGGAGAUUGCAAACUUACAGGGGUCAAAUGUAAGGCUUUCCCCUUUUCCAUGUUUGCACAUUGAAAUUUGCCAGAUUGGUUUGCUGGGCCUAUGUUGCCUUAGAGACGGUUUAGAGCCACCUUUCCGAGGAUGGCACAGUACGCCUGCCGUCCUUAAGGGGUUAAUAAUCUUUCCAAAUGAUUCAUUACUGGCCGAAAAACUUUCCAAAUGACUUCUCUACAGAAGUCACCAUGGAAGUCUCUGGAAAUAUUUGUAGAUAAAACAUUUGAAAUGUUUUUCUUACAGUAUUGAAUUAUUUCAAUUAAAUAGUCAAAGGUUACCUAUAUGAACUUAACUAUGUACAAAAUCAAUUUUCCCAUUUGAGUAGGUUUUUUUUAUGUAUAUAGAUCAAUCUUCAAAUAUAUUUUUUUUAUUUCCUAACACUUGGCACAUGGCAUGUGUGUAUUUAUUUACAUUAUUUGCGAUGUAAUAGUUGCUUCUCUUUGUUCUGUUCUUUUGCAGGGGGGAAAAGGGGAAAUUUGGAGAUAUGAAUGGUUUCAAGGCUCACAAGGAUAGCAAGGUGAGCAUCAUUCUUUUUCUAGGAAUUCAGUGAUCAAACAUAAGACUGUUAAUUUGAUGUAAGCUUUCACUCUGAUGAGAGAAUAGAUUUUAGCAGUCCUUAAAAUUAAUCAGUCUGAUAGUCUGUCUUAUAUUAGACUUGUUAAAGUUAUUUUUGUUAGAUCAAAUUAGAAACCAUGCCCACCAUGGAGACUAAGACCGGAAACCUAGAUAAGUCCAUGUGUAAGGAAGAUAGUAAGUUGAAUCAACUUCAGUGGUGGAAUGAUCAUGUUAGAUGUGUCUUCUGAGGAAAUACAAAGAUAUGCCCAUACCAGAGACUCUCGAAGCAACCAAGCAAAGGUUCGCAGCACUGGCAACCACAUAAACCAAAGAACAAUCCAACGUCGGGAUCUGGUCAGACGAAGUUUGUAUCACUCAAUGUGAAAUGGCUGCAUUCACUUUGAACACUGCACACAGCAAAUAUCCACCCUAGACCAAGUGGAAGAAAAAAGAAUCACAUAACACUAAUGCACAGUGUCUACUAGACCUGAAAGCAGACCCCAACAUGCUCCCAGGACACGAACAAGUUACAUUUACAGUAGCAGAUGACCAACUCUCCGUGUUGGCUUACUCCUUGUUGGAUGACAACAGGACCUGACAUGAUCCAAACCUUCUGGAUAAAGAAACAAAGCUGCAUGAAAGCCUAGCAGCACAAAUCAACUAGCUAUUAGCAACAUGCUCCCACCAUGACUGGUUGACACAAGGCAGACCAAUACUGGGCUUACAAGGGAAAACCAUCUAACUACUGACCAAACUCCUUCCUCCCCACAAAAUGGAAGGCCCUGUCAAGCAUCAUAGCUUUCAGGAUAUGAGCAAUACUUAGAAGGGGAUUAGAACCAACACAAGACACUCAAAACACUCUUGGUGUACUGUAAACCGAGCAGUCACACUAGAUUUUAAGACAAGACAGACCACUCUGUGCACAGCGUUGACUACAAUAAAGCCCAUGACACAGUGCUACACAGAUGGGAAAAAACUUAAAGAUGGCAAUGAUAACUAGGAUAAGCAGCAAGGACAUUGGAAUGUAAUUUAGACAUUGAGUUAGGUAAGUGUGAGUUAAAGAUGGCAAAAAGAUGGAGGAUGAUCAGGACUGAAGGAGUUAAUGUGUCAGAAGGCCAAAGAGGAGAGUUAGGAAAAAGCUACAAUUACCCGACAAUACCACUAACACAUGGCAACCAUGAGGAAGAGGCAAGGAGGACAUCUAGUACCUCUAGAGCAGGGGUUCUCAACGUUCGUCCUCAGGACCCCCUACCAGUCCAGGUUUUAGGGAUUACCUGGGUGUGUCUAAGGUGUUUAGAAAAAGAAAAAAAAACACCUUAGAGUCGGCAAAAUAUGGACUUUAUCUUCCUACGUUCACAUGGAAGAUACAACAAAGGUUUGCAUUUAUUAUUUUUCCUGUGUUAUGACGUGUGUUUAAUUUUUUUUAUUUUUUUGUUUUUUGUUUUUUUUAAUUUAAUUUUUAUAUAUUUAUUUUGUUUUGUUCUUCUAUACAAAGUUGUGGACACUAUUAUUUAAAUAGUUAAUGACCAUCAAACAAGAUGGUUUCAAAUGUAAACCUUUUAUAUUCAAGAUAUUUGCCAGUAUCUCUAAAAUUCUUUUAAGAAAUCGAAGCUCAGUAAAGCUAAAAUGAAAUUUGUGGAGGAAAAAUGCAGUGUUUUAUUAUUGGUGUACUAUAGGUAGACCUAUGUAGAUGCAGGUGGUAAACAUGUAUUGCUUGUUCAUCCUCUGAGUUGGCAUUAUCACAGUAGCACUGUAGUUAUUGAACUUACUGUAGUUAUGCAGGUUAGGAUGAAACAAUGAUUUAUGGAAUCUUGAGAUAGGACCUGUAGCUUAAUGUAUAUCAUCUAAAUGUUUUGCUAUUAUUUUUUGCAGCACCAGCAUAAAAAUAAUGGAAUGGCCACUCUGUCUCAGACUGUUCUUCGCUCUCUUGAUCCUUCAUUUUACAGAAAUGUUGAAUAUGAUGUUUGGUUCAAGUCUCAGAGAGGUACACUAAAAGAGAAUUGCAAAAGAAAGUAUUUGCUUUUGAGUCUGGAAGUACUUGAAGUGAUGGACCAGGGAUGUUGUCCUCUGCCCUAUAGUAUUGCUAUAGUUGAUUGAUUUGAAGAAACCCAUCGUAAAUGUUGCUCACCAUUAUAUUGGAAAGAGAUGCAUGUUUGAACUUUUGGAAAAUUAGUUAUUUUUUUAUAAAAAUUUACAAAAAGUGCAUGAAAUGUAUUUCUACUACAUCUCAAAAAAGGCAUAGAUCCUUUUUCCGAACUUAAAUUACUUGGUUGGGAGAUGACAGGAAGGGAUAUGAAUUACAUGUACAAGUGUGAGUUAUUACAAAUGCAUUUCCUGAGAUAACCUCACAUGUGAAACCUUAACAUACAAUUUACUAUUAUUUGUAAAAUAUACCUUCAUGUCUCUAAAGCAGAUCUGUCCAGAUCCACUGCAGGUGAUUAUAAAAUGUAAUGUAUGCAUUGUGCUGGCAAUAUCACCUGCAAAUAAAUAAACACACAUACAUAAUGUAGUAUUUAUUUUCACUGUCAUUGUUGAAGGGAAUGGACAUUGUUAAUGCUGACAUGCAAAUUUUACAUACCAAUGUUAAGGAGGGGACAGUGUCUGGAUGCAAGAGAGAACCAUGUUUGUUUUUGAGGGUUUUUUUUUUUUUGGUUGUCGUCUGGUCUGGUUGAGGGGUGUAAAGAAGACUGUGUGACUGACUUUUGUUGUUCUUGGGGUUGGGGGUGGAAGAGUUUCUUUUGUUAUUCUUUUAUUCUUCUUGACUUAUAUGUAAAUUAGGAAUAGAGGAGGCUAGAGGAAUAUUGAAAUAAAGUAACUAUUACCCACUAGACUUAUAAUGAAAUGCCAGCGUGACCCUGUAAAACUUUGUAAAAAUGGUUAAGGAAAGACUGUACAUCUGCAUAGUAAAUUGUUAAUUUUUAUCCCCAGAUCAGCAAAAACUUGACUUCUCGAUUGCUGCUGGGAUGCAGUAUUCUGUUGGGGACAAGUGCCUAGUAAGUAUGGUGUGCUAUGUGAUAUAUCAUACGUUGUUUAUAGCAAAGUGUAUUAUCAAGUACAUGAAGUGUGUCUUGAAAAUACAGAAUCUAAUGUACACUCUAUGGACAACUAUUGGGGACAACUGACCAUUACACCAACAGAGACUUUGGACAUUGCAUUCUAAAUUGAAUAAUAUGUACUUGGUCUCCGACAUUUCUGGGGAGAGGUUCCACAAGAUUUUGGAGUCUUUCUGUUGGAAUUUCCCAUUCAUCCAGUAUAGAAUUUGUGAGAUCAAUCAUGUUGGACGAGAAGGCCUGACUUUAACCUGGGGUUGAGGUCAGGGCUUUGUGCAGGCCAGACAAGUUCUACUACACUAAACUCCUCUAACCAUAUAAAACCAUAUGGAAACCUAGAAUUGUCCAAAAUGUCUUGGUAUGCUGAAGCAAUAAGAUUCCUCUUUACUGGAAGUAAGGGGCUUAGUCCCUUAGAAAAAAAAAAGAAGAAAAACAGCCCCAUAUCAUCAUCAUUCCUUCACCAAACGUUACAACUGGCACAGUGCAGUCAGACAGAUAAUGUUCUCCUGGCAUCUGUCACAUCUAACUUGCCUAUCAGGCUGCCAAACAGAGAAGUGUGAUUCGUCACUUCACUGAACAUGUUUCCACUGCUCCCGAGUCCAGUGGUAGCGUGUUUUACACAACUUGAUCCAACGUUUGGCAUUGUACUUGGCGAUGUGAGGCUUGCAUGCAGCAGCUCGGCAAUGGAAACUCAUUGAACUCCUAUGAAGCUCCCACCGCUCAGUUCCUGUGCAGAUAUUAAUACAAGUGAAAAUUCUGAACUCUUCAGCUAUGGAAUCAGCAAAGCUUUGGUGACUUUUAUGUACCAUGCACCUCAGCGCUCGGUGAUCUUGCUCUUUUCUUUUUGCUUUGGGGCUGAGUUGCUGCUGUUUGUAAAUGCUCCCACUUUCCAAUAAUACCACUUACCAUUGACCGUGGAAUAUUUCGCAGGGUUGAAAUUUCACAAAUGGACUUAUUGCAAAGGUGAUAUUCUAUUUGAAUUCUGAGCAAAAUGUUUAUAAAUGCAGACUGAGAGCUAGGUGCUUAAUUUGAUACAGUUGUGGCAAUGGGUCUGUUUGGAAUACCUGAAAUACUUUUGUCCAUGUAGUGUAUAUCUCUGGUCAUUUAGAUAAGCAUGCGAUUUCUGGCAUUUGUCUGGUACCACUAUGGCAGCUUAAACUUCCCAAACCAGAGUAGAUACACUAUGGGACACGGGAGUGUAGGGAAACACCACCUUCAAAGUAUACUCAAAUCCAAGUAGUAAUGCAGCAAUAUGAAAAAUAAAUAAAAUAAGAGGACAAAAGUAACAGAAUAUAGUGUAGUAUUUCCAGUUACCAGUGAAAUAAAUAUAAGAAAUUAAAAUUUUCUGGAACUUACAAUCAGCAAAUGGUAAGAUUAAAAAUAUAGCAUAAAACACUGAUAAAUCAGUGUUAUCGAAUCUGUGAGUUAUGCUAUAUUUGGUCUUACUAUUUGUUUUCAAUAAAAUAAAUUUUUUUAUGCUAUCUGGACAUGCCGGAUUCUAUCCCAGAAGAUGUUAUCCAGAGGAUUCGCAAUUUUAUUUCCUUGGUGGUAACCGGAAAUACUACACUAUAUUCCGUUACUUUUGUCCUUUUUUAGUUUAUUUUUUUUAUAUUUGAAGGCUCUGCUUCUCUACACCCCCAUUGUCCCAUAUUCUCACUAGUCAUUUGUCCACCACAAAACAUGAUCAAUGCUUUCAGUAGCUAUUUUUGCCCAUAUUAAAGGAAUAUUGAUAUGUUAAAAAUUUGCUGUAGGACUAAAACCAACUUUUUCGAAAUGUUUGGGCUUCAAAUCAAUAAGCAAGUAAUUUUACAAUUUUUUUCACAAAUAAAUAACAAAUUUUACCUUAAUUGCAAAAAGAGGGAUUUUGCAAACUUUAUUUUUAUUUUAUUUUUUGGUUUGUUUAGGUCCGAUUAGAGUCAGGGGGGAAGUUUUAUGGUGCUCACAUUCAGGAAGUUGGCGUGGAUAAUGGUCCUGUUGUGGUGUUUAUUGAAGAACUUGCAAAGAAGUAAGUAUGUGAUUUUUAUUUUUAAUUACUUGUUUAUCGCCCAUGCAUUUCUGGCUAAAUAUCCUCCAUUGAAAUUAGGUUUAGAGAUGAAUGAUUAGUUAACUUACAUGUUUUAUGGAUAUUAUUACCCAUGAAAAGUUCACCAGCACAUCAUAUCUUCGUUACAGAAACCUUGUGAAUGUGUUUAUGAUGAAUUAAUCAACUGGAUGACAGACGUUCUUCAUAGCCAAGUGUUUUGGAUUUUGGUGUAUUAAACAAAACAAUAAACCUGUUGCUGUUAAUAAUUUAAGGGACACUAUAGUCACCAAAACAAUUAUUAUAAAUAUUUUAAUGAAGCCGUUUUUUGUGUAUACAGGGUUGGCGCUCCCUAUAGGCAACUUAGGCAGUCGCAUAGGGCACACCUUAGGAAGUGGCGCCACUAGGACGCCGGCCCCCCUCAUGAGUGCUCUAUAGAGACCCUCAGGUGACUGCAGCACUGCCCGGGCCGGCACGUCCAUUAGGGUGCACCGGCCAUGGGGCGCAAGAUAUGAGGGAUCGGCAGGAGGGAAGCGCACAGUCAGUCCCUCAGUGUAGCGUGGCCGAGCUCCACUCCAGUCCGCAGUAAAGGAGCAUCAGUGACUGGAGCUCGGCCACUCUACACUAAAGGGCGGUAGGAGGACCACCUGGGGAGGGAACGGGGGGAGGGGGGACAAAAGGAGAGACCACUGAGGGAGGGGAAGGGUUAGAGGGAAGGCUAGACUGGGAAGGAAGGGGGGGGUGGGGGGGGUCGCGGGUGGGAGGGAAGGCUCACACACACCACCCCUAUACAUACACACACACACACACACCCCAUCCCUAUACAUACACACACCCCAUCCCUAUACAUACACACAACCCAUCCCUAUACAUACACACAACCCAUCCCUAUACAUACACACAACCCAUCCCUAUACAUACACACAACCCAUCCCUAUACAUACACACAACCCAUCCCUAUACAUACACACACCCCAUCCCUAUACAUACACACACCCCAUCCCUAUACAUACACACAACCCAUCCCUAUACAUACACACACCCCAUCCCUAUACAUACACACCCCAUCCCUAUACAUACACACACCCCAUCCCUAUACAUACACACACACACCCCAUCCCUAUACAUACACACACCCCAUCCCUAUACAUACACACACACACCCCAUCCCUAUACAUACAUACACACACCCCAUCCCUAUACAUACAUACACACACCCCAUCCCUAUACAUACAUACACACACCCCAUCCCUAUACAUACACACACCCCAUCCCUAUACAUACAUACACACCCCAUCCCUAUACAUACACACACACACCAUCCCUAUACAUACACACACACACCAUCCCUAUACAUACACAGAAACACACUAUGCAUCCCUUGAACACAGACACCCACACAAAUCUUUCUUUUGCCUAGGGCAGCAAAAAUCCUUGCACCGGCCCUGUAUCUAUAGAUCAUGUCCUUGUGGUCUCACUGCUAAAGUAUCUGCCAUUUAUUAGUUAAACCACUUUUUUUUUUUUUUCUGAACUAUUUAUGCAUCCCUAGCAACACCUCGCCCUAGGUGUGACUCACACAGCUUGCAUGAAAACAAAAUGGUUUUAUUUUUCAUAAGAUGUAACUUAAUUUAGAUGUGUGUUGUUGUUUUUUCUCGCUCUGUAAAUUGAACUUUAAUUACAUAGACACGGCUCCUGCAAGGUCUAGCAAGCUAUCAACAGUGUAGGAGAUACAUUCUGAAUGAAACAGAAUUUGCAAUAAACGAAGUGUAAGUCACAUGUGGGAAGAAGUGACUAGGGCUGCAUAAACAAAGUGAUUUAACUCCUAAAUUACAGAGAAUUGAGCAAUGAGACUGCAGGGGCCUGUUCUAUACACCAAAACUGCUUCAUUAAGCUAAACCUGUUUUGGUGACUAUAGUGUCCCUUUAAGCCUGUGUUAUCUUAUUAAGAUCUGUGCAGUUAUGAUUUUCAAGAUAUUUAGCACUGCAUUCAUGUCAUAUUGAGUGAGUAUCAGAUGGGUUACAUCCUUUUUGAUGAGUGAAGCUCGAGGUAGCUAAUAGCCUAGACUCCUUAAAUGUGCCACCAAACCCUUUUGUUAUGGUAGAGUUCCUUUGAUGUCAGGAGGGUCAAACAAAUUGCAUUGUAUAAUGUGGCUUUUCGUGUUUGUUUUUAUUCUUUAUUUCUUGCUGCAGGGUAAUUCCUUGCUCCAAGCAUAGGUUUGUUGUGUUUAGUGUAUUUCUUUUAGCCAUUUGUUACUUUGCCGUUUUACCUGUGUAAAAUCAAUCAAAAUUAUUCACUAAUGUCCAAAUAAAGAAAAACAUUCAGUUAAGUAUGGAGCUAUUUGGACUGUGAAAUCUAGAGAUUGUUCAUGACAUUUAAAGGACCACUAUAGGCACCCAGACCACUUCAGCUCAAUGAAGUGGUCUGGGUGCCAGGUCCACCUAGUUUUAACCCUGCAGCUGAAAACCCCUUCAGCCCAGCGGGAGGGGGGCCAGGAGGGUAGGGGACGACGUAAGGACUACAUAGUGCCAGGAAAAAGAUGUCUCGGUUUAGCCAUUCUGGCCGCAAAUAUGCUCGAAAUUUGUCUGUUUUUCAGCCCUAAAAACCACUGCUGAACGGCAGAAAUCUUUGCCCAGAUUUAAAAAUUCCGAACUAUUUGUCUGCUGCCAGCACUUAAAUAUUGUAGUAGCACCUACACAGCAUUCCAGAAAAUUGUUGUUGGGAAUCUCUCAAAUAAUCUACAAUUGAUCUCCGUUUUAGCUUACUUGUGCAAUUCUGAAUAGGACCUAUAUAGAACUUAUUCAAUUAAUAUAUCAGACUGGUUCUGUCCACGAGACCGUCCAGGAUCAAAAUGUCAGACAGGUGCCCUCUUUUAAAUAUAUUUAGAGAUUGACAAAGACCUAGGUAUGCAUCUAUCCCAGACAGUCAUGUAUGCUUGCCAUUUUAAAUCUUCCUUUAGAUUAAUUUGUACAGGAUAGGGUGGUAAAUAAAUGGGUAUUGGUUGUUCUGUCAAGACCAUAUUUUACUAGGAGAAAUAAUAAAGGAAGGAAAUUUAAAAAGCUUUAAUUUAGCAGUACUUUUUUCUUUUCCCCAUCCCAUAGACAAGCGGUUCCAUUGAAAAACCUUAAACCUAUUUCACUGACGAUCAGCAGUUCUAGUACUGAUGGGUGGAACACUGUAUCUGGGAAAAAAGUUAAGAGGUCCCCUGCAAGUGGUGCAGGCAUGCCGCUUGGUGAGAUUUUUUUUUUUUAUUUUUUUUAUUUUUUUUUUUAUUUCUCCUGUGACUGGUUGGCAGCAUUAAUGAUCACAUUCUUUUCUGUCUAUUUUAGUGAAAGAUCACAGAGGACAGAAGGGAUUGAACAGGCCAAUAAAGCCACAGACUGCAUCGUCCCCUCGUCUGCAGCAAAGUACUGGGAGCAAGUUACAUGGGCCAUCUUCUCAAUCAUCAGAUCAAGUUGCCCAACCUGAGAACAAGGGACGGAGCAGGACUCCACCUAAAGUGCCUGUCAGGUAAAUAAGCACAUCGAUUUACCCUUUUGACAACAGUGUCUCGUAAGUUUAUCUAGCACCGAAUGGUUUAAAAAGUUUUUUAUAGUAUGUUUCUGUAAUUUGUCAGACGUACACCAUUAGAAGGAGCUAAAGGAUUGAUUAGGACAGUAGGUUUUCAUCCACCUGACGGUAAACUCAUUAAAAUCAAAACGUUCACAAUAUUCCUGGUUAGAAAUUAACAGGUUAGAAAUGCCCUGCUUCUGUUGUCCUAAUUAAUAGGGUACGUGGGUUGCUGCAGUUACAAUGCUUCCCAUUCUUCAGUUAAGUAGGGAAGGUUAGUUUUAUGCCUCUUCAAAACAGAUUCUUUCCUUUUGUGUAUAUUUCUGACCUUUUAAUGCUUCGGUACAUAUAGGUCAACUGACCUCAGUUAACAAGAUUUUCAAACAUUUUUAGCAGACAUAACUUAUUCUGGUUUAUUCAUUCAGAUGUGAACUGCAAAAUUGAAAACCCAUUUGCGCAAUUAAAAUUUGAAUAGCAAAGCUGCAGCUAUAUCAGUGUUUUUGUUUUAUUUUUACAUUUUAAGCAGCCUUGAGUUUUGGAGUUUGGAUUUCAAUUUACUGUUUAGGGAAUAAAACCCUCCUCCAUAACACUAGCAAACACAUUUUAACUCCUUGGAUAAAAAUCACUGUUUAGUAAAAAAAUAAAUAAAAUAUAGUUAGAAAUCAACCAAAUUGGGCACAGAAGUGUUGUAACACCCACAUAUUCUAGUUAUGUUAUCACAAUGUUUGAAUUUAAAUCAGAUGAAAAUACACAUUUAAUAAUAGUGAUUGAAAUAAAUUCUAGAAAAGAAUGCAUAUAGAACAAAACGUUUAAUAGCUAUGGCAACAAAAUAUAAAAUAUAAGAGAACUCAAAAUACAAUAAACAAACAAAAAUACAAUGAACUACAUUAAAGGGACACUGUAGACACAAAACAAUGUAAGCUUAAUGACGCAGUUUUAGUGUAUUGAUCAUUCCUCUGCAGUCUCGCUGUCCAACUCACUGCCAUUUAGGCGUUAAAUCACUUUUGUUUUUGUUUAUGCAGCCAUAGUUACACUUCCCCUGGAUGUGACAGACACAAACACUGCAUUGGAAAGAAAUGGUUUAAUUUAGAAAUUGUCUCCAGCUCUGUAAAUUGAACUGUAAUCACACACAGAAUGGUCCUUAAGGGUCUAGAAGGCUAUUAGCUGGGCAAGGUAUAAUACUUCUAAAAUAAACAGAAUGUGCAAUAAAGGAAAUUUUAAACAUUAGAUCUCUUCUUAUUGGAAGUGUUUAAGAAUUCACCUGUAGGGAGGUGUGCCUAUGGCUGCAUAAACAAAAUGAUUUAAAUCCUAAAUGGCAGGUAAUUGAGCAGUGAGACUGCAGCGGCAUGCUCUAUACACCAAAACCGCUUCAUUGAGCUAAAGUUGUUUUGGUAAGUAUAUUGUCCCUUUAACCCCUUAAGGACCAAACUUCUGGAAUAAAAGGGAAUCAUGACAUGUCAUACAUGUCAUGUGUCCUUAAGGGGUUAAGGCCAUUUUUUUACAUUAUGCUGUAGAAUAGCUCAGCUAUCCCACAUAUUUUAGUCGAUAUUUUAGAAAUGUGACGUACUAUAAUAUUUUUAUUUUCAGAUUUGUAAUUAAGUCCUUUAAAUUGACAUUAGUAUGCCAUUGGUCCCCAUGUUAGAAAACUUAUGUCAGCUAGUAUAAUUGGUCAAUUAACUCUAUCAGCAGGAAACUUGAGCGAAGUGAUGACUCCAGUUACUUUAAACGUGAGAAUGUUUACUUUGGGCUGACUCCUGAAGAGCGGAGAGAGAAACAAGCAUUUGAGGAGUCAAAAUCUUUGUAUGAGAUUCAAAGCAUGGACGAAGAUGCAUUUCCUGCCCUUUCUGUAAGUAUCAUUUGUGGAUGUUCUACUAACCAUGCAUUUUUACAUGGCUUGCAAAAGGAAACUCUCAUGAAAGAUAAACAACGCAUUUGUAUUUUAGUGUUUGGUAACUAGUAGAUCCUAACACCACUCUUUCAAAUACUUGGGUAUGUUGUUAGACGCUAAUCUAUCUUUUGGCCUCCACAUAGAAAAACUUGCAUCUAAACUUUAUCCAAAACUAGAUGCCAUGUACAGAAACAAAUCCUGCCUAAGCCCUACAGUAAAGGAAAAGAUUGUACAGCAAAUGCUGAUGCCAAUCAUUGAUUAUGGGGAUGUAGUAUAUGCAUCUGCACCACAAACCCACCUUGGUAAACUCAAUACGUUGUAUAACUCGUUCUGCCGAUUUGUGCUACAAUGUAAUUACAAGACCCACCAUUGUGACAUGCUAAAAGAAUUAAACUGGUUGUCACUGGAAUCCAGACGCACUCUUCAUCUUUCCAGCCUUGUAUUUAAGAGCUUUUCUGGGAAGCUCCCACCCUACCUGAGCAGAAUGCUCUCCCCGGUUGUUCCCACCUCCUAUAACCGCCGAUCCAGUACCAGCACUUUAUUUAUUCUACCCCAAUACAAAAAGAAAGCAGCCCGAUCCUCCUUUUCCUGCAGAGCACCGCAAUUAUGGAACGACCUCCCAAAAGCCGAAAGUCCUUUAAGAGAUCCCUCUCUACAUACCUCAAAACAGAAUGCACCUGUCAUGGUUAUAUAUGAUUACAUAUUUCCUACCUGUUCUAUGUUACAUUUUGUAUUUAUUGUGUAUUAAUAUAGUUUUUGUAUUUUAUUGUACCCUAAUGUAACAAUGCAAUGAUUUGUGGACACAGGACAUACUUGAAAACGAGAGAAAUCUCAAUGUAUCUUUCCUGGUAAAAUAUUUUAUAAAUAAUUUAAAUAUUCUAGAGUACAUGGUGUUAGUAUAACCCGAAAGAGUUCAUGUCUGAUUUGGUCUGUAUAUAGGACGCUGCCUCUUUAUCCACUAACAUUCAUUCUAAUGGACCUGUAGCAAAUUUAGACAAUGGCUCAGAUUUUGGACACAGUGUCCAUUGAAUUUUAUAAUUGACCUCAAUAUGGACUGUUCUUCAGAGCUGAUCUGAGCGGAUGAACAUACUUUUAUAAAUAUAAACAAUUUAUUUAAGAAUUUUUUAAAAAAAAUCUUGCUCCUUAAAAGGAAAAAAAACAAAAACAUAUUUCUUACAUAUUGCUUCUAUUUAGAAGUUAAAUUCAGUUCAGAGAAAGUAUUGGGCUAAAAUCUGCUGCAAAAUUAUGUUUUUAAAUUCUUGCAAACCAAUAUAUAUUUGGUAAUGUAAAAUUGGUUUAUAGUGGUUUCUUAGUAUACGUUUAUGGGGAAUUUUAGGAUUACUUUGUGAAUCUUCUGCAGGUUUUUUGGGGUUUUUUUUUUUUGCCCUGCAUUGGAAAUUAUGUAGAAGUACUAAUUAAAUGGUGCACAGCCUCCCAAGAAAGAGGUGGUCUCUGCAUGGAUAUGUACAAGCUGUCUGAAGUAUAUUGUUUCUAAAAGGAAAGCUCAGAAAACGAGGAGCCACCAAUCGUGAAUAUAUCUUUAUUUAUAUGAAAACAUUUUAGAAUGCACUCAUCAGAGGUGCCAAACUACACACACAUUAAAAAUGACAGGUGGGUCUUGGCAUCCUCCCAUUUCUCUGGGAUUCAAACCAAAGCUGCAAGUCCUCAGAUCCUCCCUCUGUGUAACUUUACUUCCUGUCCUGCCUAUAGCCUUGAGCAUCUACGCGUUUGUGUGAAAAAGUCCCACUUCAUCAGGAUUAUAAGAUGCCGUAUCACCUCCAACAUAUAUUCGAUACAUAAGGCAACCAAUUGUUAACCACCAUAGUGUCACAAAGUAUCACGUACAGGCUUACAUUAACAAAGUCAGGGCUUUGUCUUUUACUGUCAUACAUAUAAUCCCAAUAUAAUGGUUUUAAUAUAUUUUUCUUAAUACCUCUUUAGUUGGGGUAAAUUAACUUAAUAUGUGUGUGCAUAUUCUUUCUUUUUAACUAGAUAUUCGUUAAUAUAAGUGUAGCAGUAAAAGAUGGAGCUCUGUUUUUUUGUUUUGAUAUUCAUGAUUGGAGGCUUCUUUGUUUUCUGCACUUUCCUUAAUGGGAGAAUAUUGAUUAUUGGGUUGAAGGACUUGGAUGGAUAUAACUGCAGAUGAGAGGAUGACACUUUUUAGGACUCUGCACUUCAAUAUAACGCCAAUUAUCUUGAGUGGAAGGAACUUAUCAGUCCAAUGGAAAAACCAUGGCACUGUGAUACAACACUUAGGGAUUGGUGGUGCAUAACCCUAAUAUAAGUGUUUAUCCUUUAUCCUAUUUUAUUUAUUUUAAUUUUUUUGAAUACUCUCUAAAAAAAAAGAAAAAAGCCAUAUCUGAUCUAAAUGCACCUUACACAAUGGAGAAAUAUAGUGUUUGGUUUUAAGGUGUCAAGCACAGAGCCUGCAGAUCAAACUAGCAAAGAUUCCAGACAUGUCCUACACAUUGAUUGUUUGGUUCUGCACAAAGUUUCAGCUGUAAGAUUUAAUCUUCCCUCAUCCUUGGCAAACGUUCACUAACUGAAUAUGACAGUAGCAGUGCAGCAGUCAUGCUUGCCUAGCUGUGAAUUGACUGGUAAAUAUGAUAUGUGCAUUUAAUUUAAGUAGCCACUUAAAAAAAAAAAAAAAAAAAAAAGAAUUGUCUGUUUAAUGAACUGUUGCUAUUUUUAUGCCUGUUUUAUUCCAUGCUUUAUCUUCUCUGGAAUGCUAUUUACUAAUGUCUACUAAAAAUGUAUAUUUUUCCAUAUCAGACUACUACUUCUGUGGAUCAGGUGUCCAUUCAAAGCAGUGAAGUGUUAACCUCAAAAAAGGGCUUGAAUGUGAACACUGAGAAACGCAUGCCAAAAAAGCCUGAAAGAGAAGAUCAGAGUGAAAAAGGUUUGCACUUAUUUGUUAAUACUAAUGUAACAGAGGCACAUGUGUACACAUAUGUAGUCUUGUACAAAAUGUUUGCCCAGGCAUGCAGGUGGAAAACAUUAAACUUUUUAAAUACCAAUAUGUGAAGAAUUGGCAUGAUGCAUUUGAUUCCUAGGUUUCAUUUUCUUUAAGCACAUAAACUCUUAUGAACUGUUCUGUACUGCUGUCACAAAAUCAAUGCCUGUUAAGUGGUAUUAUUGAAUUGUUGGCAUUUGAAGCACAGCGGAACCAACUCUGUGUAACUCUAAAUGGAUGCCUAGAGUCCUAUUGUAUAUGAGUAUUUUUUUUAUUAUUUUUACCAGAAAGGUAUCCAGACAAUGCUUAAGAAUCCGAUAAAGCUUCUUCUUUAGGCAGAAAAUUCUGCAUCUUUGUUGCAACCGUAAAGAACUGUUUUCACUGCUCUAGGCAUUUUUAAACAAAGAUAUUGUUUGGAAUUAAGUGAUAAUUGCAUUAAUGGGAACCUCUCUUGUUGAUGGUGACAAGUUUACCGUCAGUAGAUACACCUCUUUUCUGUAUUGUGCCAGGCAGCAUGCCAAUAAAUAAACAUCUAUACUUGUUCUUCCAAAUGUAAUUGUUAUUUAAACAUAAAAUAGUAGACAAAUAAAAAUUAAAAAAAAAAACAACCUCUGGAGUGCAUAAAGAGAAUUAGCAUGGAGUCCAAUUAUUUCAUUAUUGUAUUUAAUAAUGUGAUUUUUGUCGCAAGAAGAAUGCUGAAGAACAUAGUGUGAAGAUACACCUUAUCUUCAUUAUAAGACUUUCUCAAUAGUGGUGAAAUUGGCUACUAAAUCCCCUCAAUAUACUACUUGACCUGACAUUAAACAAGUCUUAUGACAUUGGUGAUGAGAGAAGCCACUCCGAUACAUGUAACCAUAAGUGGCUUUUUUGGUUGUAUUUUUAUUAUUUUUGGUAUGUGUUAAACUAGUUGAAUUAAUGCUAUUCCAUUGGGUUUUGAGUGUGGCUUUUUAAUACACGCAGGUCUUUUCCCAGUCAAUACAGGUUCAUAACUGCAAAGCACUUUUAAUGUGAAUAAGGGCUAUUUUUCCUUAUUGUGCGAUAUGGUAUAACUAAAUCUCUUCUCUUGUUUACAGUCAGAAUAGUUAAUGUGAAUAUCUGUGUUUGAAGUAGAAAUGUCGUCCAAUUUAAUGACCAUGCCUUGUCUUUGUCAUUUUAUUUCAGCCUCUAAAUCCGCUCAAGCAGAAAAAGUGAUUGACCAGAAAGCAGCUGAGGUAGAAUCAUUUAUUUCAAAUAGCUUAUAUCUUGGUUAUUCCAAUUUCAGAAAAAAAUACGAAUUUACAUUUAAAUGUAAAGACGACUUUAAAAACUUUUAUUUUUUUUUUGUCUAUUACCAUUAUAAAUUGGUCAAUGUGUCUUUAAGGAAGUCGUAGAGACACCAGUGACCUCAGAUAAUGACCUUGUUCUUCCAUCACCUUCUGAGCAACCAACAUCAACCACAGUGCCUUCUGCAGCCCCAACAGAAACCGCUUGGUCAGGUCAGUGCCCGUGCCCAUCUCUAUAUUAAAACCUUGCAUGCAUAUGUUCAUCCUACCAUUUAAAUACACAAUUGCUGUAUCACUGGACGAACUUGUGCUUUAGUGAUGAUCUGUUUGUUUUAGAUGUUCUUCUGCAGCUUUUAUGCAAUGGAGCUCUUAACAGCUUUCCUUGGGUGAAAGAUGAAGUGAUUUCCCUUUUAAUACAGAGCUGUCUAAUGUCAUUUAAACCUUGAUUCUUAGGUAUUCCAGCACAGGUACCUGCUUCUCCUGGUAUUGGGGCUACUGUGUUACAAUCUCAGGUAACCGCUGCCCCAUUUACACAACUUCCUGUCUCUGUACCAGCAGUCAACCAGCCUAUGCUGCCUAUACCUCAGCCACUUGCUUACCAAGACCCACUGUAUCCUGGUUUUCCUUUAAAUGAGCAGAAUGAAAGUGCCGCUCUACCUCCUUACUCGUUUUCUAAGGUUGGAGAAGACCUUCCUACUGGUAAGUAGUUAAGCCUAGUGGAAAUUACAGUUCUGAACAUCUUGCAGUGAUAUGUAUGCUAACACUUGUAUUAUACUAGGAUUUUUGGAGAAUGCACCUAUGCAUGUAGAUCACUGAAAAGCAAGAGACCAAAAUUUCUUUAACUUUUUAAUUUAAUCUAUCUAAUGUAUACAUUAAAUUCUGUCUAAAUCUAUGCAAUAUUCCUCAAUUUACAUAUGCAAACUCCAUUUCAGCAGUAUUCACAAAAUAUUAUAGCAUUUUAACAAGUGUGCUAAAAGGGAAAUCAUUUGUGACUUGCACACACAUCCAUAAUUUGCAUAAAACAAACUAGAUAGUGUGGAUCGAUCCCUUGGUGACCAUACUCUCCUCUAGGCGAACGUUUUACGGAUAUAAUGGUUCAGGAUAACCUGAAUAUCCCAGGUCUCCCUAUGGGUCCAUAACCCAAGAGCUGGACACCAUUAAUUCUGGCCUUACCCCCCUUUUUACUUGGCUCUUCCCUGUGUUCAUCUUUUGUUUUGUAUUCUUGUUCCUUGGUUCUUUUCAGCAUUGGUUUGUGUAGUGCUCGGUAAUUUUCAGCCAACAUAUUACCGGAGUGUAUCCAUGUCUUAUUUAUAUCUUUGUUAUACAUAAAAUCUCAAUACAAUAUGACUCAGCUGGUGGACAGUAAAUUCCAUUAAACUGUUGCAAUAAACGAUGAACAAACAGUUUGUGGGUUCUAAUGCUGUAAGUAAGGUUGAUUCUUAUGUCCCAACUUUUUGUCUCUCUGUCUCUCUGUCUGUCUCUCUGUCUCUCUCUCUCUCUCUCUCUCUCUCUCUCUCUCUCUUGCGGUCUAUAUUGUGCAGGCGAAAAGGGUUUUCUUUCUUUUGUACGUCCAAUUGAAAUAUUUCUCAAAUAGACAUUUACAAAAAAAAGUUGGUGAUUUCAUCACGCACAAGCAUAUUAUUAUAAUUUUUUUAUUUAUUUUUUAUACAUAUGGGCUAAUACUUAAACACUACUUUGAAAUAAAAUUACAGGCAUUUUUAACCUCAUUAUUUAAUUGGGAAUAUUUCUAAGACCUGCUUGCAAAAGCUGGAGAUCUCUUGUCUGCAGCCUCGGUCUGUGCCAUGGAAAUAUCCAAGCAGAGGAUUCUCACUGAGAAGCAUAAAUACAAUACAUACAAUAGGUGGAUCACACUCCUUAAACUAUCUAAAAGGAAAUAAAAACAACAAAAUAGUGUAAUAUUGUCAGCAAAUGAAUAUCCAGGAUAUAAAUGAAGAUAAUCAGGUACUCACAAACCGAGAGCCAAACAAGAACAUGUGGCUCUCAUGGGAACAUUAAUAGGAUGUCCCUUUCCUUCUGUGGAUCUUCUGAUGACCAAAAAAGAUGAAGCUGAAAACACUUACUUUUGCAGUAAAGUGUUUAUUAAUCCCAAUAAUGAAAACAGGAAUAAAAGUGGGGAGAAUAUCUCCAAUAAAACAUAAAAUAUACAAUUAGAUAAAAGAGUUAAAAAAAAGGGAGUCUCUUUAGUACCGAAACGCAUUUCGCCCCGUGCCAGGGGCUUCCUCAGUCGGUGAAGCUGAGUAGCAUGACUUUUUAGACAGCCAAAAAAAAAAAACCCGAGUGUAAAAUGAGACCUGUGGACACAGGCACACCCUUACAGGCAUUUUGUGACUCGGAAGAGAUGGUAGGCAAACUGUAGCAGAGCGCAUCUGCCACUUCCGUUUGGAAUUGGGAAGAUGACCUUUCCAGCUGUCUGACAGCUAGGGAGUUGGGUUUUUUUGUUGUUUUUUUAAGUUCCCUAUUUCAAAUAGUAAUAUACAGUUUCAUAAACGGUAUAGAAAUAAACGAUCCUCUUUUUUAAAAGAAAAAGAAUAAAAAAAAAAAAGACCUCAAGCUAUAUAUGUAAAAGUAGUUAAAAGACCACUAUAGUGCAAGGAAAACCAACUUGUUUUCCUGGCACUAUAGGGUCAUUAGGUUCCCGCCACCCUUAGGGCCCCCCUCCAACUGGGCUGAAGGGGAUAAGCCACUUAACUUUCUCCAGUGCCGGGCUCCCUCGGCGCUGGGGAACUCUCCUCCCACUGCUGACGUCUGGUCCGAAUUCGCAUGCGCGUCAAGAGCCGCGCAUGCCUUCAAACCGCCCAUAGGAAAGCAAUACUCUAUGCUUUCCCAUGGACGUCCAGCGUCUUCUCACUGUGAUUUUCACAGUGAGAAUCACAGAAGCGCCUCUAGCGGCUGUCAGUGAGACAGCCACUAGAGGCUGGAUUAACACUCAGUGAAACAUAGCUGUUUCUCUGGGUGCCUAUAGUGGUCCUUUAAUCUUUUCUUGGCAGUAAAGCUACAUUUUAAAUUUUUUAACUCAAAAUAUCUAUAUAAUAUAGAAUGCACACUAUAACAAUCUCAAAAAACUAGCUUUAUUAUGUACAAAAAGUACCAAAGUAAAAACAUACAAAAAAAUUAAAUAAAUAAAUUAUGGACACAAUGACAGAAGCAAGGGCAAAUACAAUAAUGUAAUGGUAAAAUACCAAAAAGAUUUUUACAAGCCACAAGACAGAAACACGAGUUACCAAACCCCCCCAACGUUUCGGCACCAACUGGCUGCCUUUAUCAAGGGUACCUGUUUUUUUAACACUAAAAUCCAUUAAAUCCUUAAACUCCUCUCUAGUAUUUGGAUUACUUGGUGGUGAUUAAAAAAUAAUUGCCCCACCAAAAAUGUAUGUGUUAUCCUAAAAAAACUGUAUCCUGAUGUCCUUUUUAUGUGUACCUCAUGGUACCUAAAAGGAAUGACCAUGUAGAAGUAAAAAUAACUGCAAGACCUCCUGGUGUCAUUGUAAAUGUUAUGCCAUAUGUGCCUACUAACAUUUAUUUUGAAGUUCUAUCUUAAAAUGCCAUGUCUUUUUGUAAUAUGAAAAUGAUCGAAUUCUGUGGUCUAUGCAUGAGCAUUGUGGUAACGCUAACUAGCAAAAUAUACAGGCUAUUGUAAUUUCAUGUUUGUUUUAAUUUGAAAAAUAUCUAACUUUUUAAAAAUUUUAUUCUGUAGAUAAAAGUAUUCUUCGAUUCUUCUUCAACCUAGGCGUAAAGGUUAGUUGUGUGGGUUUUUUUUUCACAUUUCCUAUCAUUUCAUUCAGAAAUACAUGGAUACUUUGUGACUGUAGAUCAGAUCUUAAGGAACCUGAAAUCUGCAAUGUUUUUUUUUAUGUACUGUUUUUAUACAUAUUUUUUUUUAUAGUGGUUACUCUUUGUGCUUCUACUAACCAUAUAUGUCCUGACUAUACCAGGGGUAGGCAACUUUCAUCACUCCAGGUGUUGUGUACUACAUUUCCUUUAAUGCUUUUACAGCCAUAAUGGUGUCAAACCAUCAGGGUUUAUGUAGUCCACAACAUCUGUAGUGCUGAAGGUUGUUUUGACUACAGAAAGAAAGCUGAAUUUUAUAUGGGCUUUCGAAAUGGUAAGAUUGUAAUGGUCUGUUUGCUUGAUGGGUUGUGUGAAUUGACUCUGCAAUAUCUAAAUACUGUAAUGGUGUCUAAAUAGUGUUCUGGCUUUGUAUUUUGCUAAAAAUGUAAUAUAUUAUAUAAAAUAUUUAAAGUGUGUGUGUCUUUAAAUUGGCCUCUUCCCCCACCUUACUUAUCUUACUUUUUAUUUUCAGGCAUAUACAUAUCACAUGCUGCCUCCGGUAUCUUAUUUGAACCCUUUACGGCAAGCAUCUAUGUGUAGAAUGUAUCCAAACUUUCAUUUGUACCCACAAGGCCACUGGGUACCACAAGAAGCAUCAGUAAACCAAAGUCUUGUAGAUCCAUCUAUCUUUGCCCAUUGUAGUGAAGUACAACCAGAGAGUGGGAGUGUUGUAUCUUCUCCAACACUGGAAGCAUCAUUUGUUCAAGCCUCUGAUAUUGAAGAACAAGUAGGUGUACAGAGUGGAUUGGAGGCAAAGGACCAAAAUGAGUGUCAAGGUGCAGAUUUUAGUUCAGUAGCUAGCAAAUCAAUGAUCCCCCAUACUGGAUUUGGGCACAGCCCAUAUAUGGGACAUCUCCCAAUAGCACCUACGUUUGUCCCUCAUUUUUGGUAUAGUUACCCCUAUCAACCGUACAUUGAGAAUCCUGUUAUCAGACAAAAUGUUUUCAUUCCUCCUCAUAUGAGACAGAUGCCUGAAAACAUUGCACUGGAAGAAGUUCUUGAAAAUAAUUUAACUGAAGCAACUAAAAAGCAGUCAUUGGAAUCUGAGAGUCUACAAAAACCUGAUGGGCCACAGCUUGCUGGAGCUAUAAAUUGUCCAUCUGGUUCUAAUUUUUCUUCAGUGAAAGUAGAAGAACUGAGAAAGGUUACGCAUUCUCCUGUUGAGUAUCAGGACUCUCCAGGCAAGGCUAAAGACAACAAAGUAACGGGUCCAGGUAUCAUUACAAAUGUUCGACAAGUUCCUGUUGGACAGCAGGGCCUUCAAGCAAAGCCGAAGGACAACCAGGCCGCGGUUUCAUCUGUAACUUCAAGUGCUACUCAAACUAGGCUUGUUCAGCAGGACCUUCCAGGGAAGACAACAGAUAAAGAAGCAGCUCUACCGGUUUUACCACAAACUGUAACUGAUGAGGUUGGUCAUAAUGUCCCAAAUCAUAAGGGCUCAGUUUGCCAGUUAGUGGAUGCUAUUGCUAUAGGAAAUGUACAAACAAAUGCUCCAGAAGUAAGGCCUGCAAGAACACGGGAAGAGAGUUCGGAGGAUGAGAGGGAAGUGUCCAACAUGUUGAAUAGUGGAAGAGCAAAGAAUUUCUACAACCAGACCUACGGCACAAGGAGGCCUAGAAAUGAGAAGUACUAUCCACCUGGAAGAGGCUACCAUUCAAGAAAUGAGGAAGGCUGGCGAGCUCCGAGAGGUAGAGAAGAAGGCUAUCCACAUCAAAGAAAUUUCAGGGGCAGGCCAUAUAGAAGGCGAGCUAUGGGGGACAGCUACAAGACACAGUAUGACUAG